UUGUUCUUUAGGCGCCAAUUUUGAGUCCGAGGGUUCACGGAGGAGUGUUAUUGUGUUGAAUACGUGGUUGGAAGUUAUCGGUAGCGAACUAUGUUCGUGUCGGAUAUACGGAAAGAAUUCUAUGAUGUGCUGUUAAACCAGAGGGUGUUAUUACUUGUUGCCUUGGAUGUCGAUGCACUUUGUGCCUGCAAAAUCCUUCAGUCCCUGUUCCAGUGUGACCACAUACAAUAUACGUUAGUUCCUGUGGCAGGAUGGCAAGAUCUGGAGACUGCAUUCCUUGAGCACAAAGAGCAGUUCAAGUAUCAUGUGCUAAUCAAUUGUGGUGCUAACUUGGAUCUACUGGAAGUGUUGCAACCUGAUGAGGACACUAUUUUCUUUAUCUGUGAUACCCACAGGCCCAUUGAUGUCAUUAAUGUUUACAAUGAUACACAGAUAAAGCUACUGAUUAAGCAGGAUGACGACCUUGGAGUUCCUGCGUAUGAUGAUAUUUUCAGGGAUGAAGAAGAUGAGGAUUCCGAGGACUCUGGAAAUGAAAGUGAAGGCUCAGAGCCUUCAGGAAAACGCAAACGUUUGGAUGAGGCAUCCAUGGAGAGGAGAAUUGAUCGAAGACGUCAUCGACGAGAAUGGGAGGACCGCAGGCGAGAGAUCUUAUUUGAAUAUGAACAAUAUGAAUACCAUGGGACUUCAUCUGCCAUGGUAAUAUUUGAACUGGCCUGGAUCAUGUCAAAGGACUCGAAUGACAUGCUGUGGUGGGCUAUUGUUGGUUUGACUGACCAAUGGGUUCAUGACAAAAUCACACACAUGAAGUAUGUGACAGAUGUUGGCAUUGUGCAGCGUCAUGUCUCGAGGCACAACCAUCGUAAUGAAGAUGAGGAGAACACUCUCUCUAUUGAUUGCAUGAGAAUUUCUUUUGAUUUUGAUCUACGCCUUGCUCUGUACCAUCACUGGUCAUUGUACGAGAGCAUGUGUAACUCUAGCUACACCUAUGCCAAUCUCAAGCUGUGGUCCAUACAGGGUUUGAAGAGACUUCAGGAAUUCCUAGCAGAAAUGGGACUCCCACUGAACCAGGUUAGACAGAAGUUUAACUCGAUGGACAUCGCACUGAAGGAUAAUUUACGAGAAAUGAUUGAGGAGUCUGCUAAUAAGUUUGGGAUGAAGGAUAUUCGAGUACAGACCUUCAGUGUGCACUUUGGAUUUAAAAACAAGUUUCUCGCCAGUGACGUUGUUUAUUCAGCAACCUCUCUGCUUGAGAACAUUGAGAUAGAUGAUGGGAACAAGAAUUUUAUUGAAGCUUUGGACAGUCUUUCCAGAAGUAAUCUGGAUAAGCUACAUCGAGGUCUGGAAUUGGCCAAGCAGCAGCUCCGAGCUAUUCAUCAAACAGUUGCAAGCUGCAUUUGUACCAGUCUUAUCAUCUCACAUGGACCCUUUCUGUAUUGUUAUUUGCAAGAGGGGACCCCAGAUGUGAAGAUCUAUUCAAAACCAAUUUGUAUGAAACUUUUGUGCAAAUAUCUGCUCAAGUGUUUUGUACGCUCGACCAGGAGCAAACGGUGCAAGGUGCUUCCACUGGUCAUGGCAGCACCAAUGGAUCCAGAGAAGGGAACUGUGAUAGUGACCGGAAUCCCACCAGAAACAGAAAGCUCAGACAAAAAGAAUUUCUUUGGCAAAGCAUUUGAAAAGGCAGCAGAAAGUACCAACUCAAGGACUCUGCAUGAUCAUUUUGACAGCUCCGUAAUAGAACUGAAAAUGGAGGAUCGCAGCAAAUUUCUAGAUGCGCUUAUCUCUCUGCUGUCAUAAAGGAUCAUGCCUGGUGAUUUUUUUUUGGACUCCGAGGAUUGGAGAUUCUCUUGUAUUUAGUCUUGUGAUAUGAAAAGAAUAGAAAUUGUCUGACUUUCCUGGUGUUGUUUUACUGUACUAUACAUUGUAAAUUGUGUAAUAUUGUAGGUGUGCUGUUUUCCAGAUUUUACUUUUGUAAAUUUUAAAAUUAAAUCAGUACCAAUUUUAUGUAUUUGAAUUGUUUUACAACUUUGUCCUGUAGUUUUUUCCAUAUUAUUUUUGGGUAUAAUUUGCACAGUGAUAUUGCAGAUGUGCAUGAAGAAUUCUCUGUUUUGGCUGCAAUUGAGACUGCGACGCAUUUUUUCCCUGUUGUUUUUUCCCUAAUUGGCAAAACUAGCAUUAGAUUAAAACAAUUCACCAACAAAUGUGGGAGUUGAGAACAUCUUGUAGUUUCAUAUAUACAUGCUGAUCUAUCAUAUUCCCUUUUCUGUUCCGUCCCACCAGUUUAACUGAUGAUUAUUUUUCACCGUGGUUCCAAGAAUACACUAAUGUGACCUUGUGACCGUGUGAUAAAAGCUCACAAAAUUUCUGGUUUAAAGAGUCAGAACAAAGCUGUAAUUCCUCUUGCAUCAGCAGUAGUGAAUGCAACAAGAAUUUUGAAACAGAUUUCAUUACUGCUUGAAAGGCCUACUCCUGUUCCUAUGACAGCAAAAAAAACCCAAAUUCUUCCCAUGAUAGGAGGCACUGUAGAACGGGCAUCUUCAACUAUAUUUGGUUCCCCUGCACCUGUUGCUGUCCAUACGACCCGUUGGGCAAAUCUGAAGUCUUUUUAACAGAAGGGCUUUUAUUUGAGAAAGAACUGGCACUGGCAUUGGCUGAGCACCUCUUGAUUCUUCUGCCCAGACUUUGUGUCUGUGUUUCUAGUGAGUGUGUAAGAAAUCGCUGCUUGCCAAGUACAGAAGCAGAAACUCCCAGGACUCAGCUUUCUGUCUUCUGUAUUUUUUCACAUCUUUCACAUCUUUCUGGUGCUCUUUUUAAACAAAGGUUAUGCACUUAGCCAAUGAAAUUAUUUUGCUUUUUAUUUUCGCAGGCACUAAAUUCUGCUUUUUUACAACUUGCUACCAAAAAUUAUCAGUGAGAAACAGAUGACUGCUUUGGACCACUAGCUUCCUAUCAAGAAGGAACUUCCUCACAGUAGCUUUUUUUAAGUUGAAUACCACACUCAAAAUUUUCUGAUAAGGUACAUUGGUACUGAGGAUGCAGUGAGGUGAAUGCAUCCAGAAACUAGAAUCGCUUAACAAGUUCUUUACAUAAAGCUCUCCUCAGUGCCUUGACUUGGCUUAAUAAUAGAAUGGUCCUCUAAGCUCCCACUUCCUUUGAAGUAUGCCAGAAAUAAUUACAGUAAUAUCUAUUGAGUGAAAGGCGAAGGCUGGUUCUAAAAAUAUAUUUUGUGAAAUCAGCAUUUGUUUUCCUUUCUCCCAGCUCUCUUCCUAAGAUCUAAUCCAAGAUGAAAAGCACAAAGAAAAUAAAUCUAACAGUAUUUAAAAUGGGGGGGGGGGUGAACAUUACAGUAAUCACCAGAGGACAGAUUGAACAACUGUGCUGUUGGAGGUGAGGAAUGGCUCUUUGUUAUCCAGGAACUUUAAAAAGAGAAUUGGAUCUCCAGCUUAAAAAGUAAAAUAUUUAGACUGGUACAGGGAGUAUUUGAGUAGCUAUUUCAAUCAUCUGACGUGGGUAGAAUGGGGCAAAUGCUGAAAGUGAGGUAUUGCAUGUUUCCAUGAAACUUGGAGUUAAUUUUUUUGAAAUGUUUUUGCUUGUGCAUCUACUUUGAUUGACUUUAGUGUAUGUGAAGAUUCCCAUGGAUGGUUAUGUUGGUCACUGAAAUCCAAUAAAUGGCUUCUGUAUCAGGCAUGUCUAUGAACCUGAUUUAAUAUUUGAGCUAAAGAAGGGUAUUUUAAUCACUGUCAGCUCCUUAAGGUUAACCUACUUUAGAACCAGCAUUUUUCCAUAAAAUGUGUUUUAUUCGUUUAUAAGUAAUGUGAUGCAGAGAAUUUGGCUCUUGUUUUAUAGUGGAGAUUGAAACAGACACAAGUAUUUUGAGUCAUUAAUUGGAAGUCAUUUCCCCAAUCAUUUGGAAGACUAACAAAGCUGAGUAUGCACAAGGCAGAGGUUUUGGGAUCUCAGUCCAUACAACUUGUCUUGGGUUAACAACUGAUGGUUUAGUUGACUGCAAUAUGAUAAACCAUUAUAAAAUCAAGAGUAUACAAUAAUUUAGUACUGAUAUCAUUAGGAUUAGGUAAAAUAUCUCUGUUACAAGUCAUUGCUAAUUGCCUUAAAACAUCUGUGUUUCUGCGCUCAUUUAACCUUUGUCCUGCAGUUCUCCAUCUAGUUCACUGUCAUAAGUGAUUCGUGCUGAGUAAUUAACUAUCACAAAUGGACUUUAAGAAUGAGAAGGUAAUAAAAGAAGAAAUGAAUAGCUAAAGAAUGUAAAUUCCCAAAGUUUUUUGAUUUAACUUUUAUUGAAGAUUGUUAGAAGGCCAGGUCCUUGUGUUUCAAUACAUUUGGAGGCUUUUUAAAAAGUUUUAUUUAUACUGUAUUUGUCAACCUUAUUUACCCAAACCUGGUAUUUUCCAUUUGUUGUACUGUGUAUUUACUUUGUCUCUAUACAUAACAUCUAAAUUAAAAUGAUGAUA